AUGAAGCUUGAAGAAGAUGAUGAGGAGUUGAAGAAAUGUAUGGAAGAAGAUAUUCUGAAAGCAUUUCUAGAAGAGGAUUUUAAUUCUCAACACUAUGAUUCCAUAUGGGAGUGCCUUCAACAUAAUCGAAGAGCAAUCGCCGUCAAUGGCUUCAUCAUCAUUUUCCUGAUAGUCUACACUACAAUUGGAGGAUUUAUCUUCCUGAAUUUCGAGUUCGAGUACCAACAAUACAUGAAACAGAAUGCGACACUGGAAAAGAGAUUGUGCAUUGAAUCACUUCUGAAUCGAGAUAACAGAUUACGGUUGACAAGGGCUUCUGAUGUUGCUGCGGCGAUUGCCGAGAGAUGUUUGACAGAGAAGGUAAAAGACGAUCGAAUGCAAUGGUCAUUCAAAUCGGCAGCUCUCUACUCUCUAGGAAUUCUCACAACUUUGGGAUACGGAAAGAUCGAGCCCCAGACAAUUAAUGGUCGUAUCUCAACAGUAAUCUAUGGUUUCUUCGGAAUCCCAUUAACCGUCAUCCUUCUCACUAACUUUGGAAGAUAUCUCGAAGCGAUGGCAACUAGAUUCAGAAGACUCCUGACAUGCAGAAAACGUCGAGAAGAUGAAGAAGAAAACGUUUCAGGAAGCACUUUAUUUUUCAUCGUUCUAGUUUAUCUUAUUGUCGGAGCCAUUACGAUACCAUUGAUGAGUGGACAAUUCGACUUCUUCAAUGGAAUCUACUACGCAUUUAUCUGUUUGACAGCUAUCGAAUAUGGAGAUAUCGUUCCACAAAACAAUUGGUUCGUACCUAUCAGUGUUUUCUACAUGUGUACGGGGCUCGCCAUAUCAACUAUUGCUUUAGACAUUGGAUCAAUUUAUGUCAGAAAGUUGCAUUUCAUUGGCAAGAAAAUCAAAAAUAUUGCAAACAUUCGCAUUUGGUUUGGUGCCAGAAACCUGGAGGUCCGGGAACUCAUAACUGCAGUAGGGCAGAAUAUUGGUAUUGAUCAGAAUGUGAUAGCUGAUAUCGAUAUUGAUACAUUGGUGAAAACGGCGAUUCAGGUGAAAUUGGGACGACUUUCAAGAGUCCCACAGACUCAUAUGAUUGUUGAAGGCAUUUGGCCUCCAGAACUGGUUCCAUUAUUCAUGAAGGAUGGCCAGUUCCCACUGUUCGUCGAUUCCGAAGAUGAUCUUACUGAUAUUCGGCCGAAGAAGUAUUCGGUACAUUUUGAAGAUGAACCAAUGAUAUCUGAAAUUGACGACACACAAUCUCAAAUGACGUCAUCCAGAUUGUCACCAAUGCCUCCCAGACGCCCGAUGCAACUAAAGCUACGCGACUCUACAACUGAUUCUUCAGAUCAAGCUCAUCGGGAUGGAGCGAUGAACUCUUCAGAAAUUACAACAACAUUAACAUCGGAUCUUUCCACUGACACUUGA